CGCAUCAAGUGUGUGUGUGUGUGUGAGAGAGAGAGAGAGAGAGAGAGAAGAGAGAGUGUUCCAAAAUGUUUAAGCUAUCUCGCGUGCUGCCUUCAAGUUGCAGCAGGCAUCAGCUAUUGGAAGUGUUGUCGUCUAGGAAAGUUGAAGUUAGAGACUGUCUACGGCAUCGGCAUGAUACCUAUUCAGCUGGGUUUUCUACUGCUACAAAUAACUAUGCUGCUAAAGGAUACACUUCGGAUCGGAUAUUUGCUCCUUAUUGUGUUUACAAGGGAAAAGCUGCAUUCUCAUUGAGUCCUUGUCUUCCGACUUUCACCAAGUUGGAUUCUGGGGUUGUCGUAGUUGAACGGCGCGGUUCAAUGAUGAUGAUUUUCAUGCAUGCUGUUGGGGAGCGCAAAUAUGACCGGGAGAAGAAACAGAGAUUUGCUCUCUCGGCAACUGAAGUUGGUUCUUUGAUAACCAUGGGCCCCCAAGAUUCCUGUGAAUUCUUUCAUGACCCUGCAAUGUUAUCAAGUAAUGCUGGUCAAGUAAGGAAGAGCUUAUCAAUUAAAGCGAACAACAAUGGCUAUUUCGUGUCUUUGACUGUUGUCAACAACCUGUUAAAUACCAAAGAAUACUUUAAUGUUCCAGUCACAACUGCUGAAUUUGCUGUGAUGAAAACAGCUUGCAGUUUUGCAUUGCCGCACAUUAUGGGUUGGGACCGUCUGACAAAUCAGCAAUCCAGAGGCACAGUUGGAGGCACAGUUGGCUUUCAAUCAAAGGUGGAUCCACAAGUUUUAGACUUGGAAUGGGAAAAGUGAAUUGCAGCAGAGAAAUAUGAAAUGGAUCCUUGUUUAUGCUGCAAUGCCUUUUUGUAUAUUAUCAAUUCGAUGACAAGGAUUGCUUGAGGAAGAUAACUUGUAAUCUUUAAGCAAGAGAUUUGAGAAGGAUGAUGAUUGAUUCGAUGUCAAUGCCAUUUCCAAAUUAGUCAUGUUAUUGUAUUGUGUUGAUGUCUGCAGGUCUGGUCAUCUGCUGGAUUUGUCAACUAUUGGCUGUUAAAACGUUAUCAGUCAUAUGUUCAUGGCAACAUAUAAAGAACAUCAGUGGUUAUAUGCUGGCAAGUUUAUUCUGUAAAAGGGCAGUUUAACUGUUAUUAGUGAUU